AUGCUGGCUCGAACCGGUUCCUCCGCAUGGGCGGCUCUCGUUGCCGCCCUCCUGCUCGCCUCCUCGAGCGAAAGCGUCCGGGCGUCUCCUAUCCAUCUCGAGCCGCGAAACAACAACAAGCAGCCGGCCUUCUACGGAGCAGCCUCGCAGGGCAACUCGCCUGAAUACAGCGUCAAGGGCAAGCACGGUGCCGUCUCGUCCGAGGUCGACAUCUGCUCCAACAUCGGCGCCGAGCUUCUGCAGCAAGGCGGGUCCGCCGUCGACUCGAUCAUCGGCACCGCUCUCUGCGUAGGAUCCAUCGCCUCCUACCACUCGGGUCUGGGAGGCGGUGGGCACGCCUUGCUCCGCUUCCCCGUCUCGCAGGAUGCCAGCGCCAACCAGAAACGCAGCAACGACAACGACGCGCACUCGCAAACGGCCAGCUACAUUCACAUUGACUUCCGAGAGGUCUUCCCCGCUGCCGCUUACGAGACCAUGUACCAGGAUGCGCCCGUCAAGAACGCCUCGCUGUAUGGAGGUCUGGCUGUGGGUGUUCCUGGCGAGCCCAAGGCCUGGUGGGAUCUCCACCAGAAGUACGGCCAGCUCCCGUGGGCAAAGGUGUUCAAACCUGCCAUCGAGCUCAACAGGCGCGGAUUCAAGGUCACCACCGAGCUGGCCAAGGCGUUGAACGUGACCCAGUAUCCGUUUUUGUGCAGCGAUAAGCGCUGGAGCCAGUUCUACUGUCCCAAUGGCAAGAUCGCUCAGCUGGGCGAUACCAUCAAGAAGGAGCGUCUCGCAAAGACAUUCGAAUUGCUUGCUCACAAGGGCAUUGACCCCUUCUACUAUGGCGGGAUUGCUAGCGAUAUCGUCGACACCAUUGCCGACAACAAGGUGCUCAAAGGCAUCAUGACCAGGCAGGAUCUCGCCGACUACGAGGUCAAGUUCCGCCAGCCGCACAAUGUCUCGCUGCGCGACGGCAAGUAUCGAAUCUACGGCACCGUUGCGCCUUCGUCCGGCAGCGUGGUCCUCUCGACCCUGCAGACCGUCGACCAGUUCCGUGCCGAUGGCCAGGAGGAUCUCGCCAACGUCAACGUCUCUACGCACCGCUUUAUCGAGGCCAACAAGUUCUCGUACGGCCAACGCACCAACUACGGCGACCCGGCCUUUGUCAAGAAUGUUUCGCGUCUCGAGAGCGAGUAUCUGGAACUUUCCACCAGCAAGGCCAACAAGGCCAAGAUCAACGACUCGCGCACCUUUGACACCGCCUACUACAUCCCCAGCAACAAGGACACAGAGGUGCUGACGGAUCACGGAACCUCGGCCAUCACGGUGGUUGAUGCCGACGGCAUGGCCAUCUCGCUGACCACCACCAUCAACACGUUCUGGGGAUCGCAGCUCAUGACCAAGCACGGCUUCCCGCUCAACAACGAGCUCGACGAUGCGUCUACGCCCGGAUUGACAAACUUCUUUGGCUACCUGCCGACGCCGGCCAACUACAUUGCUCCAGGGAAGCGACCCUUGUCGUCGAUCUCGGCCGUGAUAGCCGAAGAUACGAGCACGGGAGAGCUCAAGCUCAGCCUCAGCUCUGCUGGUGGCUCGAGGAUCAUCACUGCCGUCACGCAGGUUGCUUACGAUGUGCUGUUCAAAGGCCAAGAUGCCCAGACUGCGCUGGCGGAGCCCAGGUGGCACGACCAGCUCAGUCCCAACGUGACAUCGCUCGAGAGCCGUGCUCCGCAGGUCCCGGGCUUUGUCGGUUUCAGCAACCAGACUGCCGCCUUCCUGGCGAGUGUGGGCCACAAUGUCUCAUGGACCCCAAUUGGUAGCUCGACGGCCCAGGCGGUCGAGAGGUUCGACGAUGGCGUGCUGUUGGCUGCGACCGAGGUGCGCCAACUUGCUGCCAAGGGUGCUGCGUUUUGA